AUGGAAGCGCACGUAUCAAAGUUGUCGGAAUUGUUCGAGAAGCUCAACAAUUUACAGCCGGAAAAGAUCCUUGACGACCAAUGGUUGGUCGCGAUUUUGUUCAGCAGUCUGCCGGAGGAGUACGAGACGUUGGUAACCGCCCUUGAAGCUAGACCAGAGAAUGAUUUGACCCUGGAUAUGGUGAAGAGCAAGCUCAUCGAUGAAUGGCAGAAAAAGAAGCAGCGCAACGAUGAUAGCGAUAAUCCUGAAGCUGUUCUCUAUGCAAGUUCAAAGGCAAAAAAAGACCGGUGCUUCUUCUGCAAAAAGUUAGGUCACCAGAAGGCAAAUUGCGAAAAUUUCAGAGUAUGGAAGGUGGAGAAAGAAAGCGGAGCUGUAUCCAAGCACCGAAAGGCAGUAUCCAAGCAACAGAAAGCCAACCACGUAUCGCAGCAAGAUGAUGAUGAUAGCUACGCGUUUCUCACUGGAUGCAAUAGUUAA